AUGAAGGGAAAUGUGGAGAGCAAAUGUGCUUUUCAUGAAACCUCAAACUGUGCAGGAGAGAAACUUGUAGUAGUAGAUUUCUUAGUCAUGUGGCAUGGGCUUGCAAAAUGAUAAAGGCUUUUUUUUCAUUUCCUCUCUGACAAGCAUUCCAAGGUGUUGUUCCUUCAACUAGACGUGGAAAACCAUCAGGACGUUGCUUCAAGGUGUGACAUCAAAUGCAUGCCAACCUUCCAGGACAGGUUUUUGUCCCUUUCAAAUGGACAAAAGGUAGGUGAAUUUUCUGGUGCUAAUCAUGAAAAACUUGAAGCUACCACUAAGGAAAUGAUCUAA